AUGGCACCCGCUGGUAAGGAAUCCGAGCCCCAGUGGCCACCAAGGUCACCCCACGAAGCGCUCAUGAGCACACCCAAAGGGAGAAAGAAAUAUCAAGAUAUGCUUAGGAAUUCUGCCUCUCCUUCUCCUAGCCGCGGAGUUCAGAUGCGCUCAAGCCCAUUUCUCGCGAAACUUGCACAAACAAACAACGAAGAAGACGACGAUGACGAUGACGAUGAAGAAACGUUACAACUUAAACUUCAAGAGAUACAGGCUAAACUGAGGCUGAAGAAGCUCCAGAGUGCCAAGGCAAGGGGAACAGCUUCCACUUCAAGCCCAUUUGGCGAACCUCUUCUAUCAUCAGAAACUAAGUCACGAACAAAUAUCACCAAUGCAGUAAACUUAAGCCACCGAGACACCCAUCACCAAGUUGAAGUUCCAGCAUCACCGGUACGGAGAGCUCAAGCACCGAUCACAGACCAGUCACCCACUCGUGUGAGACUUGGGAUAGACAAGGGGCUUACUGCUGAAGACGUAUCUUUGAAACGGGCGCCAAGUUAUAAACGCUUAAACGGUAGUCCUCUUGGUAAACGGACGCUCGACAGAUUUGCGCCAGCUCAACCAGCACAGCCCAAACCAAUCAGCUUCAAUGAGCGGUUGGCAAAUAUGCGCAAUGACGAAGUUUCCAGGAAGGAACGCCAAGAGAAGAUUCAAAAGCUUCGCUCAAACACAUUUAAUAUUGGUCAGGAUGAAAUGGAUAACUACAAAAACACAGCAGUUGAUAUUCCUGAGGAACCGGCGCGAGCUCCUGUCUUCUCAAGAGAACAAAUACUUCACGGCACCGGAUCGGGAAUUUCACGAAGCCAAACGACUCCCGCCCUUUCAAACACAAAUUCCGAAGCUGGAGAGAAAUUGUCUGAGGAUGCGGCAUCCUUCGAAGCCUAUUCAUGUUUACACCUAUCUCGCCGGAUUCUUCCUCACAAUGUAUUAACACGCCACGUGUCCGGAAAGAAAAUCUUCAAUAUCAAGGAUCUCCUCAGAGAAGUGAAGUCGCCAGAUUAUAGCCUCCCCGAUAUCGAACAAGAUAUUGUGGUCUUUGGCAUCAUGGCAAAGAAAUCAGAGCCCCGUUCGCAUCAGCCCAAGAAUGAUAAGUCAAAGAAGGCCGAUGAUGAACGCGGAAAAUUUAUGAUUAUGACUCUUGUUGACCUCGACUUCGAGGUUGAUCUUUUCCUGUUUGACACCGGAUUCACACGGUUCUGGAAGAUUGUGGAAGGCACAGUGAUUGCCAUUUUGAACCCGAACAUUAUGCCACCGCCUCCAGGACGAGCUGAUACGGGUAAAUUCAGUCUAGUUAUCAACUCAGAUUGCGAUACUAUAUUAGAAAUUGGCAAAGCCCGGGACUUGGGCUACUGCCAGUCGACGAAAAAGGACGGCGAGCUAUGCAAAGCGUGGGUGAACAGAAAGAAAACAGAAUUCUGUGAAUAUCAUUCAAAUGAAGCUAUCAAGAAGCAAAAGUCAACACGCAUUGAAAUGAACAGCAGUGGGUUUGGGCACCGUCAAGGAACCAAUAGCAGGGGGGGAUUUAGAGGAAACGGCAAAUUCGGGAAUAGCUUCGGCGAAUCUCACCAAAGUUCCAGAAACAAGAACUAUGAUUGGGAAUCACGGUCACAAUUCUUUGCAGCCCGCUCCAUGAGUGCCGCCGACCUUUUGGACGGCAAGGAUCUGGGUAUGACGGAUAGAAAAGAGCGAAAAGAAUUUCUGAAAAGAAAGACUGAGGCGCAAGAACGGGAGCGAGAUAUCAUGAAGAAGCUAGGGCAAGUUGGCAGCUCCGCCGGACGAGACUACAUGAAGCAAACAGGUUCUCGUCUGACAAACAUGCCUGUCCCUGGGACUCAAAGCACCAUGCCCGAAUCAACAGGCGACGCAGAACUACCAUCUAGAAACGCUGAGAUUUUGGAACUGGCGCGAGGAGAACGUGCCAUUCAUCUAAGUCCAGUGAAACGGAAGCGUCCAGAAAGCUCAGAUGCUGGUUCAUCUGUUACAUCUGUCACAAGAUCCAACACAUCAGCCGCGUAUGGCUGGGGAAGCAAUUUGCGAGACAAGCUGUCGAGCAUGAAACAGGGCGAGAAGUUUAUACAGAAGGAGGAUGUGCCUCUUCGAAAAAAGACGCGAUUUGUCACAGAGAAAGGCAUUCGCGUGGCUGGGCGCGAAAGUCUUGGAAACGAGCUGUCAGAACGACAAAUCACCUUUGACGAUGAUGAUGACGAUGAUCUCUUUAUUGUAAAAUAA